AUGGCUGGUGGGAGGAAAGGGGUGCUGCUGCUGUUGCCACUCUGUACUCUCUCAGAUGUAAACAGGUUACCCAGCUGGGAGAGACGACACCUGCUGGCUGGCGUGGCGUCUAGCACUGAUGCGUCUACCUUCUCCGAAGGUGGGUUCAGGGAAUCUCUGGCCCCAGGCUUCCCCACCACCCCUCACUUGGGAACGCUGACACCCCAUGUCAGCCAGCAGUGCUGAAGAAGGUGGUGGUGGUCUAAGGUCUGGUGCAAAAGCUAUAGGCCUGUCUCUGUGGCAGUGAUCCACCAUCCCAUCCACCAUGACUGUGGGGCAGACGAUCUGAAUGAAGAGGAGGAGGAGGAGGAGGGGGAGGAAGAGGAGGAGGAAGAGGGAAGCAAGCCUCCCAUCCCGACCCAGGUGGGGCCCGCCACCACACCCGCUGACACAGGCAUGGGUGCAGUCACAGGUACCCCGGACUCAGCAGCUCCCAUCACUAUCUGGCGCUCUGAGAGCCCCACAGGGAAGUCCCAGGGCAAUAAAGUGAUCAAGAAGGUAAAGAAGAAAAAAGAAAAAGAGAAAGACAAGGAGGAGGAGACAGAUGAGAAGGCAAAGCUGAAGAAAAAAGCCAAGAAGAGCAAACUGAUUAAGAAGAAAAGCCCAGUUAAAUCGGAAUCUCCACCUCCAGACUUGACCCGAUCAAUAAGCCCAAGAGAGUUGGCCAGGAUGUCAGAGUCCAGCCCAGACAGCCGGGAAGACCUGGAGAGUGAGGACAGUUACAAUGACCCCAGGCGGGAGGAACCCUCCAGCGAGGAUAUUGUGGAGUCUUCAUUGCCCAGGAAGAGAGAGAACACGGCCCAGGCUAAGAAACCCAGGGCGAAGGCCUCACCAGUCAAGAAGGUCAAGAGGAAAUCUCCCCCAGCAUCAAACCCCAAUCUCAGUUGAGGCCAGGGCAUCCAGGGUGAAGAAUAAAUGAGAUCAAGCCUGUAGCUGACCCCCUGCUGCUAUUCUCUCUCCCUCCAACCUGUCACUUCUGUGGGGAGGGUGCGGGUUCUGGACACAGCUGGAGCUGAGGGGUCAGGGGGCUG